AUGACCGUGUUGGCGACCCCGGAAGAACGAAUCGCCUUUUCCUUCGGCGCCACCUCGCUACUCGCCCAUCUUUUGACCAAAAUCCUGGUCUGCCGCUUUUAUUUCCAGUUCCCCAUCGCAAUACAUGUGCUCCAGAAUUUGGCAACGUUGUUUUACAUCGAAACGCAACGGGCGUUUGACAAGGUCGACCUGGGCCCCUAUGCCUGGGAACGGGGCCAACAGCUUGCUGUUCCUUCGCUACUAUUUGCAGCCUCAUCAUGGCUAUGGACUUCUUCGCUUGAAGGGCUGGCCACACCAUCAUUCGCGUCUUUUUACAGCUGGAACUCGGUGCUCGUACUCGUGAUCGGCGGGUUUCUCCUCAAGCACCGCGGAUCUGCCCAUCGCGGCAUUUUCAGCGUGCUCGGAUUGGCGCUGUGCACUGCAGUGGCAGCGAAUCUCCACCUGGCCAUCGACGGACCGUCAUUGUUUUAUGGGGGUGCGGCCGCAAUCUGCCAAGCCGCAGCCUGGAUUUGGCUUGAAAAGCUGACAGCCACAAUCUCGACAAUGGAAAUAACCUACAUUACCAGCUUCAACUCUCUACUCCUAUUUUUCCUGUGCGACCUAGCGAAGGGCGAUAUUCGCGAAAGCUUCAUGUUUAUGAUGUCGACGUCCGAUAUUCCGUUCUACUUCUUCAUGUCGUGCUUCUUACUUACUAGUGUUCGACUGAAUUUCCAAAGAAUCGAAUGCUUGGCGGCGACAGGUUCCUUGACAACUGCCGUUAUCACCAACAUCAAAACUGCGCUUCAGAUGAUCUUGUCCUACUACCUGGGCGCGCAGAAGUUCUACGAUUUUUGGGGCGGACAUCCCCACCCGGUGCACUGGUUGGCGUUACUCGGGACAAUCGUGUUCGCCUACAUCUACUUCCGCCAACGAACGGCCCAGCAAAGCGCAAAACCUUACGGGCUCGUCGCCGAAAUGGCCGUUUUUGGCGCCUUCUCAUUCGCGAUGCUCGUUUUCGGA